ACAAGCCCUAUAAAAGUAUGAUUUAAUUACAGAAAGCGGAGGAGCAGUGAGCGAAGCGUGCGGUUCAAGCGAAAGACACAACUUUGUUCAUUGUAAGUUGUAACUACCCAAAAACCCUCGGCAAAAAAACUCAUUCACUUGCCGAUUUUCAGCUUCUUUGGGGUUUGUUAAAGAGCUAAAGUUGAGGAUUUUAGGAUAAUUUUCAGUUUUAAGGUGGGGGUGUUUGCAAAUAAAAUAGUAAUCGGAGGUGAAAAAUUGGAUGAGAGUUAACAAAAUCAAGGGUGUGGUUGAUGAAGAACUCUUUUAAAGACACAAUCAAAGCGCUUGAAGCUGAUAUUCAACAUGCCAACACUCUGGCAUCCGAUUAUCCGAAGGAGUACGAUGGUGCUUGCCUUCAGAUGAGACUAUCGUAUAGUCCUUGUGCGCAUAUUUUUCUCUUCCUUGUUCAAUGGACCGAUUGUCAUCUUGCAGGUGCACUCGGGUUAAUAAGGAUCCUUAUUUACAAGGCAUAUGAGGAUGGUAAGACAACUAUGUAUAUUCAUGAGAGGAAAGCUAGUAUUAGGGAGUUUUACGGAGUGAUAUUCCCAUCUUUGGGGCAACUUAAUGGUGGAAUAAGUGAUGCCGAAGAGAGUAAACAAAGAGAGAUUUGUGAGAGCAAAUACGGGAGAAAAGAUGAUGUGAUGGACAAGGGUAAACUGUCCGAAAUUGAAAUCGAGCGAGAGGAAGAAUGUGGGAUUUGUAUGGAGAUGAAAACUAAGGUUGUUCUACCGAGUUGCAGUCAUUCUUUGUGUAUUAAGUGCUACAGAGAUUGGCGGACAAGAUCUCAAUCGUGCCCAUUUUGUCGAGAUAGUUUGAAGAGAAUGAAUUCUAAUGAACUUUGGAUAUACCCUAGCAACUGUGAAAUUAUCGACUUAUCCACCUUUGCAAAGGAAAAUCUGAAGAGAUUCUUCGCGUAUAUUAAUAGAUUGCCUCUCGUUAUUCCAGGUUCAAUAGCAGUUUCUUAUGAUCCUCAUUUUUUAUGAAGGAUUCUUGUCGAAUUUUCAUACAUAGGAUACCAAAUUGUUGUAUAUAGGAUUGUGUUUAUACAUUCUUUUUUACUUCUACAUUUGUGACUGUAAAUACAUUAGGAUUGCCUUCAUUAUUUAAAUUGUUAACAAUCCUCUGUUGCGUUGAUACAUCGUGUUUAUAU